CCGCAUCGAAGCCAGAGGACGUGCUUGCUCAGAACAAUGUUAUAAGCGCAGACGACUUCAAUUGGGAACAAUCUUUUUUUCACAUCAUAGCUGCCUCUCUCCUUGCACAAUGGCUACCACAGCCGCCGCUGCGGCCACAAAGGCACCAAAGACGAUCCAAUUGCUUGACCCGACGACGCUUGCGACUUCACGAGCAGUGCGAUACCCGCCCUCAAAUGGCAAACCGAUUCAAGGAAAAGUCCGAUUUCCCAAUUCCAAGGCCGCCAAACAUUACCGCGAGCAGGAAUCUAUAAGAUUGAGGAAGGCGCUGCAACAUGUUACGCAUGGGAAGAAUAUAUUUGCCUAUAACAACCUACGGACGAACCAGGUCAUCUAUUCGCUUUCGCGGACACUAGAGCGCCAAAAUGUAUUGUCUCAACUGAUAUACCACGGCAAAAAGACCGUUCCCGCAACUCUCCGCAAAGACAUGUGGAUACCCUACUUCUCCCUCCAUUUCCCUUCCUCAUCCCUCGGCCUAUCAGCUUAUAAGAUGCUUCGAGAAUUCGCCGUUCAGCGCCAACUUGCUCCUGAGGAGGAGUCCAUCACCAACACCGAAGAGACACUCUCUCGCAAGCGGCCGCGGGAUCCGCUUGAAGCGAAGAAAUGGGAUGAAAUCUGGAAACCGAGAAUAGGGCAGAUAAUGAUGAAGAAGGACCGUGCGCGGGUGCUUAUGGACCAAAAAGCCACGAGUGUCGCUGAUGUAGCCACAGUGCUGGCCAUGCAGGAACAAAAGAUAAAGGAAUUGGAAGAAGAAGGAAAGGUAUACGAGAAGAUGUCCGACAAAGAGAAAAAGAAGAGUCUCAGCCACAAGGCCAGAAAGAGAUUAUUUCACGCCCGGGUAAGAGAGAAGGCCGUCGAAGAGAAAGUGCGAGAGCGUAUUGCCACGUUAGAACGAGCAUUAUCGAAGAAGGGUAUCCAGGCUAAGAUCGAUGAGGGCGACGAAUUAGUAGAUCAUAAGGUCGCCGAUGGAGAGGUCAAGAUUCUAUGGACAGACCUUCAGGACGCGCAAUUUGCGGAGAAUUGGCCUGAAUCGGUGCGCCACGGUGAGUUGGAGCCAGUAAGGGAGCACAUCAUGGGAUCCAAGUUGAAAGCCGGGGAUGUUGAAGCUGUAGCGGAGAUUCAAUCCACCGCCGCCGAAUCCGGCGCAACGGCUGAAAGCCAGCCUACUGAGCAGGGCAAGACAGAAGAGCCGGCCAAGAAGGGCCUCAGCCGCCUAAAGUUCUGGAGCUGA